AUGCGGGCGAUUCUACGACGUCUCUACCCUCCGGCCAAAUUUCCCGUCGCUCGGUAUCCAGUCGCGCGACCAUUCUCCACCCAGAGACAACCCAGACAAGCCUCGUCUUUUUGGACUAUCACCUGCACACUUGCCAUCGUUGGAGGCGGCGCUUGGCUUCAAGACAAAUACUACAAUCCCAAACCGGCCCUGAAAGCGUUACCAGAACAACCACCUCAGCAGUCAUUCCUCGGAGUGAUUGAUACCCUAGCAACGAUGCCCGCCGAACCCGCCCCCGGAACCGUCGGGAACCUCACCCCGGAGCAAGAGAUCAAACUGAAGGAAUUCUGGGUCCUUGCGCUCAAGGUCUUCGGUCUGACUCUCGAAGAACUCGAGGCCCCUGUCCAACCAGCCGCCGAUGCUGCACCCGCCCAAGACAAGAAGAAGCCCAAGGGCCGGUGGUCAAUCUGGGGCAAGGGCGAGGACGACGACGCUAAGAGCACGUCUUCCGAUGCCACAAGUGUAUCUAUCGUCGCCGAAGACGACAAGUAUGGCCAGUCCAAGGAAUACAAGCAAGCGCUCGAGGACAUGAAGCCCGAGGAGAUCCGCACAGCCUUCUGGAGCAUGGUCAAGGGCGACAACCCCGACUCUCUACUCUUGCGGUUCCUGCGCGCCCGUAAAUGGGAUACCAAGAAAGCGCUCGUCAUGUUAAUCUCGACUAUGCGCUGGCGAUUGCUGGAGAUGCACGUCGAUGACGAUAUCAUGUUCAACGGCGAGGAGCAGGCACUUAAGCAGUCGCAAGGUACUGAUGCCAAGGAGAAGAAGAAGGGUGAGGAUUUCCUGACGCAGAUGCGUCUUGGUAAGAGUUUCUUGCAUGGAGUUGAUCGGGCUGGUCGUCCUAUCUGUGUUGUUCGUGUGCGUCUGCACAAGGCUGGUGAUCAAGAUAAUGAGGGACUGGAGCGCUUCACUGUGUAUACGAUUGAGACUGCCAGAUUACUGUUGGCUCCGCCUGUUGAGACUGCUACAAUCGUCUUUGAUAUGACUGACUUCGGUAUGGCCAACAUGGACUAUGCCCCGGUCAAGUUCAUGAUCAAGUGCUUUGAGGCCAAUUACCCUGAGUCCCUCGGAACAGUGCUGAUCCACAAGGCCCCAUGGCUCUUCUCAAGCAUAUGGAACAUCAUCAAGGGCUGGCUUGACCCAGUCGUUGCAGCCAAGGUCCAUUUCACCAAGAACCGCCAGGACCUCGAGAAGUUCAUCCAACCCAGCCAGAUCAUGAAGGAGCUGGAGGGUGAUGAGGAUUGGGAGUACAAAUACGUCGAGGUUCCAGAGAACGAGAACCCCAAGAUGGCCGACAAGGAAACCCGUGAAACCCUGCUGGCCGAGCGACAAGAACUCGCCAAGGAGAUUCAAGACCUCACAGUCGAGUGGAUUCGUGCUAGCUUCAAAAAGGAGACUGCUGCUGCUUCUGCGGCCGAGGAGAAGCGCAAGGAGCUCAUCGAAAAGCUGCGCAGCCAGUACUGGGUUCUUGACCCCUAUGUCCGAGCUCGCUCUCUCUAUGACCGACUCAACAUUGUCCAGGGUGGUGGAAAAAUCAACUUCUACCCCGAUGCUGCGAAAUAG